UGGCUGCGCGCACUCGGCGGGGCCAGGCCGUGAGGGGAGCGGCGGCCGCGGGCAGAUGGCAUCCAGCUACAAAAAGCCUGGCUUACAUAAAACCCUGCGGAAGAAAAGUGGCUUGAAACCUGAGCUUACAGAAGAGCAAAAGCAGGAGAUCAGAGAAGCUUUUGAUUUGUUCGAUACUGAUGGAUCUGGAAGCAUUGACAUAAAAGAACUGAAGGUUGCAAUGCGUGCUUUAGGCUUUGAGCCAAAGAAGGAAGAAAUUAAGAAAAUGAUAGCAGAUGUUGAUAAAGAUGGAAAUGGUACCAUUGACUUUGAAGACUUUUUGGCUAUGAUGACACAAAAAAUGAGUGAAAAGGAUUCAAAAGAAGAAAUCUUGAAAGCGUUCAGAUUAUUUGAUGAUGAUGGCACAGGGAAAAUUUCAUUCAAAAACUUGAAAAGGGUUGCCAAGGAGCUGGGAGAAGAUUUAACAGAUGAGGAACUUCAGGAAAUGAUUGAUGAAGCUGAUCGAGAUGGAGAUGGAGAAGUAAAUGAGCAAGAAUUUUUGAGAAUUAUGAAGAAAACUAGCUUAUAUUAAUUUGUUGCCUUGCUGUACAGCUGCUCCAAAAGAUAACCUGGAAAAGACUUAAAAGCUGGGCUUGUCUCUCCUGCAUAUAAAUAAAACCUGGAAGGGCAGAUUGUUGAUUCAUUCUUUUUCAACAAAUUUAACUGGGGAACGGAGGCUUCAGUAUCCAGAACUAUUAAAAUGAGAUAUUGCAGAAGUGAAACGAAUGAACUGAACCUGCAAGGCAGGGUCCUUUCCCCUCCCCCUCAACAAUCCCACCCAUUGCCAUUUGGUGUAAAGAAUGCCAUGCUUCAGCUUUUAAACUAAAAGGUGUUUCACUUCAGAUAGAAGAUUCCUGCUGAUGGGAAAGGCCACUUUUGACUUUCCCAAGGCUACAGAAUGAAGGUACGAGCUUGGUAUUUUUAUUCCAUUUAAGGAUUUUAGGUUAUCUUUUAGUAUUUGUCUCCUUUUCUUUAUUUCUAUGCAGGACUCUAAAACCAAUUGCAUUUCUGUCUAUUUCUGUAUGAAACACUAUUGUCUCAUGGCAAGUUGUUUCUGGACCUAAGAGGAAGCAAAUACAGAUAACCAGAUUUGGUU